AGAGCAGGAGCAUACUCUGCAAUGUGCUCUACCCUAUAUAAUCUAAUGCAUGUAAACCUAUCAUUAUAUAAUAGCCAUUUUUCUAAGGUUCCAUUCCCUGCAUUUUUCUAGCUCCUUCUUCUCUAAACACUCAUCUAUGACUACCUUUCCCUCCCCUCCUUCACCAUCUUCUUCUUCUUCAAUUCCUUCUCCAAGAUCUAGCAUGUUUUACUAUGCUGGAAGUGAAGAUCACUCUGAGGAGCCUCACUUCCUCCAAGCUUGUUUUCUUUGCAGAAAACCACUCGGCCAAAACCGUGACAUCUUCAUGUACAGAGGGAACACACCAUUUUGUAGCAAAGAGUGCAGACAGGAGCAAAUAGAGAUUGAUGAGUCAAAGGAGAAAAGUUGGAAGCUUUCUUCCAAAAGGGGUGUGAGACAAUCAGAGACCAAUCAAAAUUCCACACCCAAUAAGGCUGUAAGAACAGGCACAGUUGCAGUGGCCUAAUCAAAGAAUAAUCCAUGACAUGAUGAUGAGUGGGGAAAGUGCCCAAUUUUUGAAGGAAAAAAAGAUGGAAUAUUGGAAUGGAAAAAGUUCCAAAUGAAGAAGUGAAAUCAUCAAUAAUCCAUGAAGAUUCUGAUAACCCGGGAUGAAUCUUCAAUUCGCCGCCUUUGUAAAGAAAAAAGUUGGGUUUUCCAUUGGGAGAAAAAAAAAAUCAACAAAGAAUUUUGGCUCCUUUUGUUUGUUUUUGAUAAUAUUGAUUUGACCUUUUUUAUCACUCUUUUACUCUACCUGCUUUGAGUGUUCUAUAAGAAACAACAUGGAUAUUCAUAUUAAGAUGCCGUUUUGUUUUCCUGAAAAUCGAGGCAAUGGAAAAAAGUAUCAAGCACACUUCAUCAAAGAUCUAGAUGAGUGGAAACUUUGUUAUGGUCUUCCAA